AAUGAGUGCAGCAACAAAAGGGUUGAUUGAAUUUGUAAAUCCAUGUAAUUUAGAUUAUCUAUUUAGAUAAAUUGCCAAAAUUUGUAAAAUAAGUUCAUUUACAAAUGAGAGAAAUAGAAGGAAGACAACCAUUUGGAUAGGGCUUAUAUCAUUGCAAUUUUUAUGAGAAUCUAAUAAAAAGACUCACUGAAACAAGACAACAAUAUAGAUAAUCAAAAGAAAUUGAAACUAGAAAAUAAUUAGCCUAACAAGAAUAUUAAGCUUGGACUAAUUAUAUCAAAGAACGUUGUCUAGAAUUACCACAAUAACAUUAAGUAACUGGAAAAUAAUUAAAUGAAUUGAGAAGAUCAUAUGAAGUGUUUAUUGCUAAAGGAGAGAAUGGACUUAGACCAUCUGAAUUGCUCAAUGUUUUUAAUGUAUUUUUAAUAAUUUAUAUCAGGAUUACACAAGAGUUAAUUAAUUUACGAUACCACUAGAUAAUUGGUGUGUAUUAUAAAUGGUACAUUAUAGCAUGGGUUAUCCAAUGAAUAUGAAUAGAUUAUUAACAUUUGAAGAAAUAGCUACUUUAGUUUAAACAAAAGUUUUAGCUACUUAUGAAAGAUCUCUUGGUUAAGAUCUAUUAUUUAGAGAAAUUUGUUCAUAUGGUUAUUGGAACUUAUUUGAUCAAAGCAAAGGCUCUAUGAAUAUCAAGGACUUUAGUAAUUUUAUUAAGGUAUUCAUUAUAUUGAUAAUUUAUAGAUAUUUAAAUAUAAUGUUGAACCAACAUUAGGAGGAAUAUUAAAAGAGUUUGGAUUUGCAGCAAAUCUGUUUUAAGGAGAAUUUGUAAAGGAAAUUGAUCCUAAAGAAGACAUAGUGAGAUUCGAUUUCUUCAGAUAUUUAUUUUUAGAGAGAAAUUUGUGAUUAUUAUAAUAAUGAUGUAAAAUAACAAUAGAAUGAUCUGGAGGAAAAUUGAUCCAUAAGGUAAAUAGCCAGGAGAUAGGGCAGCUCAUUCCUGUGAUUUAAUUAUGGGAAAACUAUAUAUAUUUGGGGGAUGGAAUGGAAUGAACGCUCUUGCUGACAUUCAUAUUUAUGAUCUAAAUUCAAAUUAAUGGUCAGAAUUAUAAACAAAUGGAGAGUUACCAUCAUAUAGAAAUAAUCACACAACAGCGGUUUGUCAAACAAAAUUAUAUGUUCAUGGAGGUCAUAAUGGAAAUACAUGGCUAGAUGAUCUUUAUUAUUUGGAGACAAAUGGAUAACAUGGUUAGGCUAGUUGGUACAAAGUACAUCCACAAGGUUAAAUACCUACUGCUAGGGCUUGUCAUUCUUUGAAUAUUGUUUCUAAGAAACUCUACUUAUUUGGUGGUUAUGAUGGUUAAGAAUGCUUUAAUGAGAUAGAAAUAUAUGACAUUUAAGAAAAUCGAUGGAUAUAACCAACUGUGAGUGGAACAAUACCAACAGCUAGAAAUGCGCAUACAAUGACCAGGUAACUAAAUAAUUAUAGUAGAUAUAAGGAAAAUUUGUAUUUGUUUGGUGGCCAUUCUGGAGCAUAACACUUAUAGGAUUUACAUGUAUUCAAUACUUAUAAGUUGGAAUGGACUCAAGUUAUUACCAAAGGGACUUUGCCUAAAGGUUUAAGAGGACAUACAGCUAAUUUAAUUUAAAAUAAUAUUUAUGUAUUUGGUGGGUAUGAUGGUUCAGGUAGAUCAAAUGAUCUUUUCAUUUAUAAUUUCUUAACAUAAUAGUGGGUUAUUCCUAAUCAUCAUGGAACUGGAACUUAUUUAUAAAUGGAGGAAGUAGCAUUAUCUUAGAUACCCUAACCAAGAUAGAGGCAUUCAGCAACUGCAACAGGUAUUUAUAUUAUUAUUGAAAAUUUUAGAAAAUGAUCUUAUCUAUAUUUUUGGUGGAUUUGAUGGCAAUAAAUGGUUGAAUGAUCUAUAUGUAUUGGAUGUUGGUUUAUUAGAAAAUCGUACAAUAUAAGAGGAAAACUAUCAAAGAGUGAUUUCAAAUAUUCAUAAAAGUCUAUUUAAUAAUAAAGAGCUAAGUGACAUAGUAUUUGAAAUUGGUAAUUAAAAGAUAUAUGCUCAUAAAAGUAAUCAUAUAUUAAUUUAUAUAUUUUAGUUUAUUUAGCUGCUUAAUCUCUAUAAUUCAAAGCUCUCUUUUUCUCUGAUACAAAAGAAAGUGAUUAGUAGACAUUUAUUAUAGAAAAUUAUUCUUAUAAAUCCUUCUAUAUUUUUCUACUUUUUGUUUAUACAGGAUUUAUUAAUGUGGCCGAGUUGGAUAUUGAAUCAAUGGGAGAAAUUUUAAGUAAAUUUAAUAAUUAUAUUAGGUUUGGCUGAUUAAUAUUUAAUUGAUGGACUUAAAAAUCUAAUGCAGAAAAGCAUUAAGAAAUAUAUUAGUAAUGAAACUGUUUGUGAUUUAUUAAUCUUUGCAUAAAAAUGUUCUGCUCAUUCACUAAAAAAUGCAUGUAUGAAUCAUUUACUAAAGAAUAUCAAUAUUAUAUCUGAAUCUCCAAAAUAUGAAAAGCUAGAAUUAUAACCCUCCUUACUUACUGAAAUUACGAGAGCAUUACUUUAACAUAAAGAAUGA